AUGAGGGGAACAAGUGUUUGCGGUGUUGUUUUUCCAGAAGGUGCUGAAGAACCGCUGGAUGAUUUGAGAACCGCUUUUGCUCCCGCACUGAAGAAAAGGCGAGAUGACGAUGACCUCUUCAUCGUGUCUCAGCCGUCUACAUCGGGCGCGACUCUCAAACCUCUGGAAACUUUUAGGAAGGGCGAAAAUGGAAAUGUUGAUGAGCGCGAGCUGUCCUGUUCAUUUGAGUCAUCGCGUUCAUCCGAAUUUGAUCAGGCUGAAUUUGACAGUAUUGCGACACGUGAUGAACGAGUGGAUUAUCUGCUAGCUGCACGUGAUAAAAUUAGAAGUAGCCUGAAACUGAGAGAAAUUCCAGACGAUUCGAGAGCCUUCAGUAAUUUGCAAAUUGAUCGGCUUUUGAAAAGGAACAGAAUAAAUGAACAAUUGCAGCUGAUUCCAGACGAUUCGAGAGCCUUCAGUAAUUUGCAAAUUGAUCGGCUUUUGAAAAGGAACAGAAUAAAUGAACAAUUGCAGCUGGUAAAAAAUGAGGCAUUGAAGCGAAGUGUACUGCCAGCGUCUGAAAAACGAAACUUAUCGGAUAGUAACAUUCGAGUGGCAGCAAUGGAAGGCUCCGAACGAGUGCAUAUCAUUACAGACGAUAGUGACGUACAAAUAGUAAAAAAUGAGGCAUUGAAGCGAAGUGUACUGCCAGCAUCUGAGAAACGAAAUUUAUCGGAUAGUAACAUUCGAGUGGCAGCGAUGGAAGGCUCCGAACGGGUGCAUAUCAUUACAGACGAUAGUGACGUACAAAUAUUGGAUGUAGAAAAAGAAGCAAAGAAACAACGAAUAAUGGAUUCGCUGGCUUGGCCAGCAUUUCUUGAACAAAUAAAAAAUGAAAAAAUGAAAGAAAAAGGAGGAACUGCCGUUGGAACGACCAGUAAGGAUGCGAAAGACCGUUCAAAUAAUAAAAAUAUUGCCGAAGAAUUGACCGGGGAAUCUUCCGCUGGCGGUCAGUCGAUGAAGAUAGAUCGUUCCUCUGUUGCAGAUACGUUUAGCUCGGUUGAGGAAGAAGGCGUUUACAGAGAUUGUCAGGAAUUAUUGCGUAUAUGUGGUAUACCGUUUGUUGUGGCUCCUGGAGAAGCAGAAGCACAGUGUUGUGAACUGGAACGAUUAGGCCUUGUACAGGGGAUCAUAAGCGAUGAUUCGGAUGUUUGGUUGUUCGGUGCCAGCGUUGUCUACAGAAAUAUGUUCAAUCAGAAGCGCCAACUGCAAAUGUAUUCAAGCGGAGCCAUUCAGAACCAGCUAGGGUUAUCACGAUGGGAAUCAAUUCAGAUAGCGCUUUUAUCGGGUGGCGACUACACAGAUGGCUUGCAAGGUGUUGGUGUCGUUUCGGCACUGGAAUUGAUCGCUGAAUUUGCUACUGCGCGGCAAAUCGACGUGGAACCGGAGGAAGAGGCCUUUGAAAACCUAAAACGAAUAUCGAUUUGGAUGAAUAGAAACGACGAGACAGCAACUGUCUCAGACGAUAUACCAUCAUCAAGCAGUGCUUGCAACGAGGAGACCCAAUCGGGAAGAGCUGCUGCGCAUAAAUCUAGGGAAAAUUCUAGAAGGCUGAAAUUGCGGCGUCUGAUUGAAAGAAAUAACGAUGCGGAAACUCUUGAAUCGGUUAAUGUUUCCUUCAACUAA